AUGGCAUUGUACAAGUUAUCGAAAACUCAUCAAAAAACAUUACGUUGUGAUUAUCUGGGAUGUACAGCAGCCGUUGCUUUGAUUAAUGAACAAUUGAUACGUGAAGCAAUUGAAUUUGUUCGACAGGCAAAAUUCACCCAUGAUAUUGUUAAAACGAUUAUUUAUACGACAAAUGAUGGUGUUAAAAUUGUUUAUGAUAAUGAACAAAAAUAUACAACACAAGUACCGAGCACAAUGGUAGCCGGUAGUGCAAUUGGAAAAUAUCCUUACAAUGAUACAGUAGGUUGUAUUUAUAUUAGUCCACUAUCCGGUUAUCAUUAUCCUGCAUUCGUUCAUAUUUAUCGUUGUGAAUCGAACAGAAUUGCUCAUAAACUUUUAUUACGUUUAAAACAAUAUAUAUCAAAUAAUUCUCAUCGUAAUCGUGUUUUAACGCUAGAAAAACGCUUACUAGAAUUAAAUUUAUUGAAUACUGAUCGGUUUAUGACAACAUCUUCAACUGAUGCAACAAUAUUAUCACAGGAUUUAUUUGAUAAUAAAACAAAAAUCAGCACCACAAAUAUCACUCCUUCUGAUUAUAAUAAUACGUAUAAUAGUAGCAGUAAUUCUCAUGUAGUAACCGAUAACAGUAAUAAUGAAAAUAAUCCAAUUAAAUCUAUUACAGAAGAAUUUCAAAAGAAAAUUAAUAAACAACAACCAAUGUUAUUCCCACCAAAAGAUUAUGAUACAAUGAGACGUAUACAUGGACAUGUUGAAAAAUCCAAUGAAUGGAGAAGUAGAGAACCCACAAUUGUUGGUUUCUCUUCAAUAAACAACGACGAAAAUCGUGUUCAACGACAAAUUCAACCUCAGAAUAGUAAUAAAAUAAUGACCAGUAGUAACAAUGAUCAAAAACAACCUUUUCAAAAUGAACCGAAAACUAAUGGACGUUCAUCAUCAAGUAUUAGUAGUACAAAUUCAACUAAUGAUCAACAAAGAUCAUUAACACAACGAAGUGAUUUAACAACAGAUCCUGUUGAAACAGUUAGUUUAGCGUUUGAUUUUCUAAAAGAUGAAACAAGCUCAAAUUUGACAGAUGGUGAUAUAGAAAAUUUAGAAAACGAAUUCACAAACAGCAAUAUCAACAAACGACCAGUGUUCCGUUUUCGACCACCAAACAUCACAUCUAUUACCAAGAGAUUAUUUUCUGGACGUGGACAAACGAGCUUUAAUGUGGUUACUGAAGAUGAAAAUAGUGUUGGUAGCACAGGUGAUUUGAAAUCAUCGUCAAUUGAAUUUUCAGCCUAUAGUCGUGAUAUGAAUAACGGUAGAAAUGGUUAUAGUCAUCCAAAUGAACAGUAUCGACGACAACCGCCACUGAAUGUAUUAAAAUCCACAGUGGUACAAGAUAAUUCACCUCGUGCAAAAUCGGAAACACGUUUAUAUCAACAACAACGUUCAAGUGGUCUUCUAAGCCCAAGAUAUGAAAAUCGUGUGAUGAAUAGUGGUCAACCAUCCAGUAUGAAUCCAUUGUGGUCGGGACCGACAUCACAACCGAAUAUUAUGUUAUUAUCUGCACAGUCGUCAAAUAUAACUUAUCAAAAUAGAAAUAAUAUUCAUGAAUUGAGUUUACCAUCGGAGAGGCGAAAUACAGGUAUACCUGCACAUCCACUUUAUUCGAGUUAUCCACAAAAUGGAUUCAAAACAUCGAUCAUAGACGGUUAUUCUAAUGGACGAUUGUCAAGAGGAAAUGUUGUUGAUUACAAUAAAAAUAAUCAAUUAAACGGACGUUUAACAAAUGGAAACGGCAUUUAUAAUAAAAAGCAAGCACCACCCCCACCCCCACUAUUAUCACACUCAGCUGUCCAAUUUGACACAAAUGAGUUUAUAUUAAAAUCUUCAAAUAGAAAUAUAUUAAAAAAUCAUGUAACACCUAUGACAAGGGAAUAUCGACCACAUCUACUAGUGACAGAUCAAAUCGCUUAUCAUUUAUCACCACAGAAUCCGCUUGAUGUCUAUUAUUGA